AUGGCCAAGAAGCACAAGCACAUCCCCGAGAUCGACCUCACCCACCUCGACAGCGCGUCCGACGCCUCCAGCUCGCCCGAGCCCGCAGCCGCCGCCGCCUCGUCGACCCGCCGUCGCUCCAAGGCCCGCGACCGCUCACCCUCGCCCGCCACCGGCCAUGGCCAGGAGGUCCCCCUGCACGCCCGCAUGGCCGCCCAGAGCUCGUUCCUCGCCCCUCGCUCCAAGCUGUUCGGCGGCCAGGGUACCGGCGUCGAAGACCGCCCACCGGCCCACCUCGACCUCACCUCGAGCGGCAACGGCACCGCGACGGGCAAGGGCAAGGGCAAGGGCAAAGCCCAAGCGGUCGACGGCGACGACGUCGCCCCGUACAAGGGUCGCCCCGACGGCGUCCUCCCGUUCUCGCUCGAGGCCGGCAAGGACGGCGCGCCCACGCUCAGCAUCGCCGACCUGCGCGCCAAGCUCGAGUACCCCGACUCGGAAACCCUCAAGACGACCUACGUCAAGGAGAAGCGCGGCCGGCCCAAGGGCAAGGGCAAGAAGAAAAAGCGCCGCAGCAGCAGCAGCGACUCGUCGGCGUCGUCGGACUCGGACUCGAGCGCGUCGGACUCGGGCGACGACAUCGACCCGGUCGGUAUCGACAACAUCGUCGGCACCGACGCCGGGUGGGACACGGUGCGCGCGCUGGUCGUCGCGCCGUCGUUCCAGCAACCCUGGAUGCAGAACCGCUUCUCGACCGAGCACAUGACCAAGCCGCGCGACCCGGACACGCCCACCGCCCGCAAGAAGCAGAAGGCGCGCAAGUCGAGCGAGCCCCCGAAGCCGCAGAAGAUCCGCCUGUACGGCUCGCACGAGUCGCGCAAGGCCUCGCAGGUCAAGCCGCCGCUGCUUCUCGUCCACAAGGCGCCGUUCGCGCACGACGUCAAGGACCCAGUCGUUUCGCACCUCUCGAGCAACAUGCACGCCUCCUUCUUCCUGAUCGUCCGCAAGACGCCGUCGAGCAGCCGCCACCACCUGCGCCUCGCCAUCUGCACCGCGACCGGCGACGAGGGCUGCUGGAAGAAGAUCGAGAACGCCAUUUGGGUCCAGGACUUUCCGCAGCUCGCCGCUCCCGUCAGCCCCGCCGACAACCCGACGCACACCGACUUUUCGCUCUCGUUCCUCGCCUUCCUCAGCUCGCCUCGCCUCGGCGCCGCCGCCAAGGCCAAGUACAGCGCGUUCGCCCACGCGUUCGGCGGGUUCGACUUCUCGUCGAGCAACGAGGUCCAGCUCGUCACGUCGCUCGCUGGCGACUUUUCGAGCGAGGACGGCCUCGUCGAGGCGGGCGGGCUCGACAGCCUGGCGCGCGCCAUCAGCAACCUCGAGCCGAACGCUCGCUGCAAGGUCAAGGUCGAGUACCUGACGGCGACGACCGACCGCCUGCCGCGCAAGUUCCUCGAGCACCUGCACGCUGCGGCGCAGGGCGUCCCGCCGCACGAGUACGAGCAGCAGGAGUCGGCGCGCGCCCAGCACGCGGCCGCCCAGUGGAACAUGCCGUCGGCCAAGGACGCCGACAAGGUCGUCGUCGUGUACCCGACCGAGGUGGAGCUCGCCAAGGCGGCGGGCAAGAGCAAGGAGGAGCAGUACCACGUCGAGUGGCUUGGGAAGGAGUACGGCGCGCUCAAGAGCAGCGACCAGCGCAAGUCGGUCCUGCGCAAGGCGAUCAUGAAGAGCGGCCGCCUCAACCACGCCAACAUGAUGCUCAUUGUCCACCAGCCUCUGAGCGCCGACUGCGUCAAGGACGGCAGCGCUCCCUCGCAGUACGAGGCCUUCCUCCUCGUCGGCUCGCACACGCCCACGCCCGCCUCGUGGGGCGAGUACUCGUUCUCGGCGUCGCAGCCGGCGCCGUCGGUCAAGGUCCAGCAGCACAACGUCUCGGUCGUCUACCGUUGCGCGUCGUCGGCGACCUGGGCCGGCCUCAAGGACCAGAUCAACGAGCAGAUGCCGUACGAGCGCCCGCUCAAGCGGUACGACGAGGACGACGAGCCGGCGCCGACGGCGGGACCGCGCCCCGAGCCCAAGAAGCGCGGCAGGAAGGCCAAGGAGAAGGACGACUGAGCGAGAGAAGCAGGCGAGGAGGAGAGAAGGCGAGGAGGGCUUGUCGAACGAUGAGGAGGGCGCGCUUGAAACGAUCGACUGCUUUGCAA